AGUAAACAAGUUUUUUUAUCAGGCGAUAUUCAAACGUCCUUAAUAGUUUACUUUAUGGAGGUAAAUGCCAAUGGUGUUCUAAAUCAUUCCGAUAGUUGGCAGUGUUCCUUGUUGUCCUCCCAGCCAACCCUCAAUCAUCAUGAGUCUUAGGAAUGCAGACGCUCGAGCAAGAGAAAAUCAAGCCAAAUUCAUCCAGCAGAGAAUUAAUAAUGUCGAGAGGCAUUUUUCCGAUCUGUGCCAACUGUUUGGUGCUUACUCACGCAAGCUUGCCAGGCUACGAGACAAGGGAGACCAGCUUGCCAAGGGUGUCCUUGCGUACGCAGAGAGUGAAGCGUCGUCUACAAAGUCAGGUCUGACUGGAUUUGCUGAGAGGCUGUCGUCUGUGCAGGAUUACAGACAAGCAAUGGUUGAUCGACUUUCCCAAAGGGUUGUUCAUCCGCUGACACUGUAUGGUCAGAACUUCAAACAUACACGGGAAGACAUGAAAGCCACUUUUGCAGCCAGAACCAAAGAGAUCAACCAGCAGAAGAGAUUAGAGAAUAUUAAGAAGAAGAAUCCCAACAACAGACAGCAGAUUGCACAAGCAGAAUCUAAACUACAGAGGGCCAACGUAGACGCAUCGCGCUCCAAUAAAAACCUUGAGGAUCAGAUGGACUCCUUCGAGAGGAAGAGACUCCAAGACCUCAAGAAUAUGUUAUCAGAGUUUGUCAAGAUUGAGAUGCUGUUUCAUGCUAAGGCCCUGGAGGUCCACACCGAGGCUUGGCAACACCUUCAUGCUAUCAGUGAUGAAGACGAUCUCGAGGAGUUCCGCAACAGUCUGCGCCCCUUCAAUGCCACCCUUGGGAGCAGUAACUCUGUACUGGCCAACUCGAGGACGUCUCUCAACUCCGCGGGCAGGAGCAGCAAGCCUGCCUCCUCGUCAUCGUCCUCCACCAAGCAGAAGACGACGGGCAACGGACGACAGGAUACCAGUCGCAUUCAGGACUUGGAGUACGAUGAUGAUGACGAUGAUGAUGAAGAAGACGAUGAUGAUGACGAGUAUGAAGAUGAUGAAGAUGAAUAUGAAUGAUGAUUGUAUAGAAAUUGAUCUGUGUUGGUAAUUCGAUACAAUUCAAUGUUUAACUUUUGAUCUCAUCAUAACUGGACAUAUUUCCGUACCUAUAAUUUUCCGACCGAUACUACGAUCUUCAUCAGCAGGAUAACCUGGCUGUAGCAUCUGUAACCUCACUUUUGCCGAUGUUUAUGAAUGACGUGAAAAGGUAUAAAGUUUUACUAAAGUAAAUGUGUGAAAGAACUUACCACUGUACUUAAUGAUAAUAAUAAUAGGUAUUUAUAUAGCGCCUUUACAAAAAGAUCAAAGCGAAGUUUUAGGCAAGUGCUGAAAUUACUGGUCUCUGGCCUUCCGCCCAGUGUAUGUAGAACCCUUGUAUGAGAGGGUUACAUACUUUGCUCCUUGGUCAGAGUUUGUUUGUGUUUCUUGCCUUUACUUGAGGCAUAUCACUAUAACCACUCUGCGAUCUUUCCGCAAGAACAUGAAACACAAUUUUUAAUUUUUUUUUCUCUGGGGUUGAUUCUUGGAGCUUUCAAAUUUCAAAUUUAUAGCAAAAUAUGAAUGAACUAUUGCUGUACAUUCUUUCCAAAUAUCAAUUUAUUUAUCCAUUUUCAUUUUUCUUAUUUAUUUUUAACUGUGAUAAAAACUGUAAAUAAAUUUAAUAUUUCUGCCGAGUACUAUUUUAGCAAGGGAUGUGGAAGAUUACACAAACCAAUGUCUUUUUGGUCCAAUUGAUUCCAAUUUAUGAUAGAAACCAAAUCCUCAAAAGAUUACUCUUUAUUUUAAAAUGUAUUCAUCCUUUAAAAUGUUCACUGCAUGGUAUGUCUUUGUUGUAGCAUGCUGUCUUGAGCAUUUGUAGAAAAUUGACAACUUAUCUUAAACUUAAAAUACUCACAUGUACAGUAGUUUGGAUAGAGUUAUAUAGUUUGCACAGGCUGCAGCACAACCAUUUUAAGCAGUGUAUUCCAAAUGUAGAUUAACUAUUAUCGAGUAUUCAAACAAAGAUGGAAAGUGGAUUUAAAUUCACAAGCUUUCAUUAUAUGCUUAAAUUGCCUCAUUAGCAAAUAUGCCUUGAUGUAUGUAUUUUCUAGUUCAAUCAGCAAAUUCCCAAAAUACUUUAAAAUUUUCUCAUGAAUGUCUUUUCUUGCACAGUACUUAAAAUGUUUAGGCCUGUAUUUUGAAUCAUGGCUCUGACAUAUGACUUGCUGAAACCGUCCAUCUGUAAGAAAUGUACUUAUGGUAUUAAAAUACCUAGUUUUAAUUGUCAAAACAACUUAAGUGCCUUUAAGCUAUAGUGUUGUAUGUGUGACUUUGGUGUAAUGUGGAAUUUGAAUAUUGAAUUAAACUGAUCACAAAUUCCCCAGUAACAAAA